AUGGGAUAUCCAUCUGCAAAUGAGCACGGCAACACCAGAGGAGGUCGUCUGGAGACGGACGACGAAGGCUACCACGCCUCCCUCGAUGAGGACGACGACACCUCGUCGGCCUCAUUCGUCGAUGUGACGGGCCCAUCUGACACCAACGACGAAGAUGGCCGGGCCAGCCCCGUGUCCGUGGACUGGGAGGCCGACACGGAGAGCAACGCCUUCUCCAUGCCACCGUCCGCGCUGCCCUUCUCCAUUGCGCACGAGCUCAUUGAAGGCGCGCACGAAGCAAAGGCCAAGCUGCACCAGAGGGAGCACUCGACGGCCUCGACGCAGACGCUCACCAACAACUUCAACACCAACAACUACAAAGAAUACGACGGCGGGGCCGCCACGCCAAAGGAGGUCGACGCGGCACCGCGGCGCUCCAACACGUCCGACCCGCGACGCUCCAACACAUCCGACUUUGACCGCUCGACCAUCCUGGCGGACCUGCUGAUCGCGUCGGCGCCGCGCUUGCGACACAUAGCCUCAUUUCCCUCGCGGCCCUCGGCCGAGACCUCGGCCUCGCGCACCCAGCUUGUCACGCCCGCCUCUGAGCAGCGGCACCCGGGGAAGCCUGGGGUGCGGCUGGCACGGCUCCAGCGGCCCUACGAGCCCAAUAUCCCCGAGGAGGAGGAUGGCGGGGACUGGGGGCAGGACCGUCCGGGAGAGGCGACGGAGACGACGGAGGAGGGCGCGGCGGGUGGCGGCGACGAUGGGCACCUGCAAGGCCUGGCGCUGAUUCUUCUCGUCAUUGGGCUUUCGAUGGUCGUGUUCUUGAUCUCUAUCGAUCGUACCAUCAUCACCACAGCCAUCCCCUACAUCACAGGCGAGUUCAAAUCGACCUCGGACAUCGGCUGGUACGGGUCCUCGUACCUGCUGACGGCGUGCGCGUUCCAGCCCGUCUUCGGUCGCGUCUUCACGCUCUUCAACGUCAAGUGGUCCUACCUGCUGUCCAUGUUCGUCUUCGAGCUGGGCUCCAUCAUCAGUGGCUGGGCGCCCACGUCUGCCGUCCUGAUCAUCGGCCGUGCCAUUGCCGGCUUCGGCAGCGCGGGCAUCUUGACUGGCAGCUUCGUCAUCGUGGCUACGGCUGUGCCCCUGAAGGUGCGGCCGAUAUACACAGCUGUGGUGGGAUUGAUGUUUGGAGUCGGUGCGACGAUUGGUCCUUUAAUUGGUGGAGUAUUCACAGACUUACUUACGUGGCGCUGGUGCUUCUGGAUCAACCUCCCAGUCGGUGCCGUCACCAUUAUUGUCAUGUUCGUGGUGUUCCACCCGCGUCCGCGCACAGGGCCGAAACGCACCGUGAUAGACCGCCUAGUUGACCUAGACCUCAUUGGCAAUCUCAUCCUGCUGGUGUCCUCUGUGAUGCUUUUCCUAGCCCUCGAGUACACCCUCACGGGCGCGUCCUGGGGCAGCGCCAAGGUGAUCGGCCUCCUCUGCGCCGCCGUGGUCACGGCCGUCGUUUUUGUUACGUGGCUAUGGUGGAAACAGGACGCCGCGCUGCUGCCGCCGGCUAUCGUGCGGCAGCGCACUGUGGCUGCGUCUUGCCUCAUGGCUUUCUUCACGUACGGCGCUCUGCUGAUACAGACCUACUUCCUACCCAUCUGGUUCCAGGCCAUACUCGGAUACAGUGCGAUCCAGUCCGGGGUGGCCAUGAUACCGUACUUCGUGGCCAACGCGCUGUUCUCGCUCUUCUCGGGCGUCUUCGUCUCGGUCGUCGGCUACUUCGCGCCGCCCGCCAUCCUCGGCAGCGCCAUCGGCACUGUCGGCUGCGGCGCCAUCACGCUGUUCCACCCGGGCAUGGCCACCGGCAUGUGGAUCGGCAUCGAGAUCCUCGCCUCGGCCGGCUUCGGCAUGAGCGUCCAGCAGGGCUUCACCGCCGUCCAAACCGUGCUACAAAAGGACGACCUCGCAGUCGGCACCGCCGCCGUCGUCGCGUCCCAGUCCUUAGGCGGCGCCAUGUUCAUCUCGGUCGGCAACAGCGUGUUCCAGAACCGCCUGCAGGCCCUCGCCGCGGGCGCCGAUAUGCCCGGGCUUGACGUCCGCGCCGUCGUCGAGGCUGGCGCUACUGCGUUCCGGAAAGUGGUCACGCCCGAGCAGCUGCCCCUCGUUCUGGAUCUGUACGACAAGGCGCUGCACAGCGUGUUUUAUGUGGCGAUUCCGCUGGGUGGGCUGGCGUUUCUUUCGUGCUGUUUUCUGGAGUGGAGGUCUGUAAAGCCGCCGCCGAAACCGUCGGAGGGUGCUGAGAAGGCAUAA